AUGGAUUUAGGAACUGCUGCCGCUGCCUUGCUUGGUGGUGCUACUGUCGCCAGCUAUCUAAACGCCAAAUUUCACAUCAAGAAAGACGUGUCAAGCAUACUCACAGCGAAGAAAGCAGAACGCGAAUAUGCUCGGGCUGUCAGCCAUAGCCGUGGGAAUCCGUGGUUUGUCCUGUUGGAGACUGUGAAGCGCCACCCCGACAUGACCUGCCUUUGGACUCGGGAGAGAUCAUACACAUAUCAGGAAGUGCAAGAUCAGGCCUGCCAAUAUGCCCACUUUUUCUUAUCGCAGGGCGUGAAGAAGGGCGAGCUUGUGGCUGUCUAUCUUCAGAACAGUGCAGAGUUUAUGGCGGUGUGGGUGGCCCUCUGGAGCAUUGGCUGUGCCCCUGCUGCUAUCAAUUACAAUCUUUCUGGUGAUGCGCUCUUGCACUGCUUGAAGAUCAGUGGCUCGAAGCUUCUCUUAGUCGACGAAGACUCCGGCUGUCGGGCGCGCGUAGGGGAAUCUCUGGAUGCCAUCACUGACCUCGGAAUGAAACCCAUGACGCUUGAUGGCUCCCUCAAGGCGCAAAUUAGCACUUUCUCGACAUCUCCGCCGCCAAAGGAGCUGGCGAAGCAUAUCAAGGGCGAGUUCCCAGCCAUUCUGAUCUAUACUUCGGGAACCACUGGGUUGCCCAAGGGCUGCGCAUUCACCAUGGCUCGACUCUACACUACUCUCUUCAUACGCCAGGGGAUGAUGGGGGACAAACCUGGCCCGGACGGUGAUCGAUGGUACAGUUGCAUGCCUUUAUACCACGGUACUGGUGCGAUUUCACUGGCCUGCUGUUUGGUCAUGGGAGUCAGCAUCGCCAUCGGUCCCAAGUUCAGUGUUCGCAACUUCUGGAAUGAUAUUCGCGACUCUGAAUCUACUAUUUUUGUCUACGUCGGCGAGACAGCUCGCUAUCUGCUUGCUCCGCCGCCCUCACCCCAAGACAAAAACCACAAGGUCCGGUGCAUGUACGGUAACGGCCUUCGCCCAGACGUUUGGGAACAAUUCCGUGACCGAUUUGGCGUUCCAGAUGUAGGAGAGUUCUUCAACAGCAGCGAGGGAAUCUUCGGUCUCUUCAACUACAACCGCGGUCCAUUCACGGCUGGCAGUGUUGGCCACCAUGGGCUGAUCAUGCGUGGGGUAAUGCAUAAUGUCUACGUUCCGGUGGCAAUUGACCCGGAAACUGGCGACAUCCUUCGGGAUUCAAAGACAGGCUUUGCAGUUCGCUCGCCUUAUGAGCAGGGCGGAGAGAUUCUCGUCAAUAUCCCCGGCGAAGAAGUUUUCCAGGGAUACUGGCGCAAUACUGAAGCGACCAAUAAGAAAUUCCUGCGUGAUGUCUUCAAGAAGGGAGAUCUGUACUACCGCUCCGGUGAUGCUCUGCGCCGACUUAGUGACGGUCGUUGGUACUUCCUCGACCGACUGGGCGAUACUUUCCGUUGGAAGAGUGAAAAUGUCGCUACUGCCGAAGUCUCCGAGGUCAUCGGUCGGUUCCCUGGCGUGACCGAGGCCAACGUGUACGGUGUCCGGCUCCCAAAUCACGAAGGACGAGCCGGUUGUGCAGCGAUCCAGAUUAGCCCAGAGGCCCGUCAGACAUUUGACUUCACAGCACUUGCUCGCUUUGCCCGCUCUAAGCUUCCCCGAUAUGCUGUUCCGCUUUUCCUGCGUGUUGUCGAAAAUCCCACUCAUAUCCACAACCAUAAACAGAACAAGGUACCUCUCCGCGACGAGGGUGUAGAUCCUGCGCUCCUUGGUACAAAGGCACCAGCAGGGAAGGAUGAUCAUUUCCUUUGGAUUGCCCCUGGUGAAGACAGCUAUUCGCCCUAUGGACAGAAGGAGUGGAAUCAAUUGUCAGACGGGAGUGCUCGGUUGUAA